UGGCAGCCCUGGCAGCGCCCAAACAGAUUUUUGUUACGCCUGGAACGGGGAACGGGUCGCUGUUGGAAAAAUAGACAGAGUCUAGUUGGAUUGUCAUAUUGUCGUGGUCGUGUACAGCUAAACGAAUAACCGAAUAAUCGUUGAAUGAAAACUGCAUAAUGUUUACUUUUUUUCGAGUGCAAUUUAACUGAAAAGUGAUCCCAAAACGUCCCAGAAACAGAUAAAUAAAAGAAGCAGCAGCCCGUGGGAGAGUGAAAGAGGUGUGUGCGUGUCUGUCUGUUUGGCUGUGUGUACGUGUGUUUGCGUGUUAGUGUGAGGAGGAGAAACAGAGUGACGUUUACAGCUAUAAAAAAAAGUUCGGACCUCCGUUUCGGUUUCGGUCUUCGUUUAAAUUUUGUGUGUGAAACAAGAGCAAAAACCACCUUAAUGGGAGCGGCAUCUAUAGUCUGGAGAUAAUUUGUCUGCCGAUUCCCACAUGGCACUUGCAGGCUGCGUUUCCGAUUCCUAAAUUUGUUGCUGCUGCUGCUUGCUGGUUGUGCACGGCGCGACAGUGACAGCGAUAACAACAAAAGAAGACCAGGCAACCACCCUCCUCCAUCCGCCUCAUCCCUCAAUCAUUCACAUUAGUGGAAAUAGGCAAAAAAAAAGAGGGGAAGCGAGUAGGAAAGUUGAGAGAGACGUCGACCAGGGACGUAGCGCAUCGCCAAACAGAGGAAAUUGAGCAUCAUGUGUCGUUGCUGUUAGGCCAAAGGAUCGGGAAUCUCGGGAUCAACUGAAAGAUCGCACACGAUCAGAGAUAUAUCUGUCUGUCGCUCUAGUUCCAGCCUUGACUCCUCUGCGAGCAGCUCGUUGUUGCCGUCAGCGCCGCUAUGACCCUGACCGCCACGACAACUGCCUCAACACCGGAGAGCCAAACGAAGAUGGAUGUGAAGGGCACUCCCAACAGCAGCACUCUACCACCGCCCACAGCCGAUGAGAGUCUGCCCACCUCGGAAAUGGAUCUGCUGGCCAAGCUGGAGGCAGCCAACAAGCUGAUCGAGAGCGAUGCCAAGUCCCUCAAUUCGUUGCACUCCACGCACAGUCGCAAGAACUCGGACACGAGUCAGAUAAGCCUCACUUCGAGCGGCAAUUCCGUGGCCGAGGAGGACAUCUGGACAACGUGGGCCACCAUUCUGAACGACUGGGAUGGGGCGCUGAAGCGCAAGAAUCCGUGCGUGCGCGAGCUGGUGCGCCGCGGCAUACCGCACCAUUUCCGGGCGAUCGUGUGGCAACAGCUGAGCACGGCGUCGGAGGCGGACAAGAAGCAGUACGCGGAGUACAUCAAGGCGACGAGCGCCUGCGAGAAGGUGAUACGCCGCGACAUUGCACGCACCUAUCCCGAGGUGGACUUCUUCAAGGAGAAGGACGGGCCCGGCCAGGAGGCGCUGUUCAAUGUGAUCAAGGCCUACUCGCUGCACGAUCGCGAGGUGGGCUACUGCCAGGGCUCCGGCUUCAUAGUCGGCCUGCUGCUGAUGCAGAUGCCCGAGGAGGAGGCGUUCGCGGUGCUCGUGCAGAUCAUGCAACAGCAUCGCAUGCGGCACAUGUUCAAGCCGUCGAUGUCCGAGCUGGGCCUGUGCAUGUACCAGCUGGAGAAUCUCGUCCAGGAGCAGAUACCCGACAUGCACAUACACUUCCAGCAGCAGGGCUUCCAGACAACGAUGUACGCCUCCAGCUGGUUCCUCACCCUCUACACGACCACGCUGAACGUGAACCUCAGCUGCCGCAUCAUGGACGUCUUCCUCAGCGAGGGCAUGGAGUUCAUCUUCAAGGUGGCCCUGGCCCUCCUCCUCACCGGCAAGGAGACGCUCCUCUGCCUGGACAUGGAGGCCAUGCUCAAGUUCUUCCAGAAGGAGCUGCCCGGCCGUGUGGAGGCCGACCCGGAGGGUUUCUUCAAUCUCGCGUACGCCCAGAAGCUGAACACAAAGCGCAUGAAGAAGAUGGAGAAGGAGUAUCAGGACCUGAAGAAGAAAGAGCAGGAGGAGAUGGUCGAACUGCGGCGGUUGCGUCGCGAGAACUGUCUGCUGAAGCAGCGCAAUGAUUUGCUUGAGGCUGAGAGUGCAGAGCUGGCCGAUCGCCUGGUGCGGGGUCAGGUCUCACGGGCCGAAGAGGAAGAAACAAGCUAUGCCAUUCAAACGGAACUGAUGCAGCUGAGACGCUCCUAUCUGGAGGUCUCGCACCAGCUGGAGAAUGCCAACGAAGAGGUUCGUGGUCUCAGUCUUCGGCUGCAGGAGAAUAAUGUAUCCAUCGACAGCAACAACUCUCGGCAGUCGUCGAUCGAUGAGCUGUGCAUGAAGGAAGAGGCACUGAAGCAGCGCGACGAGAUGGUCUCCUGUCUGCUGGAGGAGCUGGUGAAGGUGCGCCAGGGUCUGGCCGAGAGCGAGGAUCAGAUCAGGAAUCUAAAGUCAAAGGUCGAGGAGCUGGAGGAGGACAAGAAGACGCUGCGCGAGACAACGCCGGACAAUUCGGUGGCGCAUCUGCAGGACGAGCUGAUUGCCAGCAAGCUGCGCGAGGCGGAGGCCUCGCUCUCCCUCAAGGAUCUCAAGCAGCGGGUUCAGGAGCUCAGCUCUCAGUGGCAGCGCCAGCUGGCCGAGAAUCAGCGCAGCGAGAGCGAGCGGAACACCCAAGCGCUGGACUCGACGCCCAAGAAGCUGUUGACCAACUUCUUUGAGGGCUCGAAGUCCAGCGAGCUAACGCAGAAGCUCGAGGAGGAGCUGAUGACGACACGGAUACGGGAGAUGGAGACCCUCACCGAGCUGAAGGAGCUGCGCCUCAAGGUCAUGGAGCUGGAGACCCAGGUGCAGGUGUCCACAAACCAGCUGCGACGCCAGGACGAAGAGCAAAAGAAGCUCAAGGAAGAGCUCGAGAUGGCCGUUACUCGGGAGAAGGACAUGGCCAACAAGGCGCGCGAACAGCAGCACAGAUACUCGGAUCUGGAAUCUCGUAUGAAGGAUGAACUGAUGAAUGUGAAGAUCAAAUUCACGGAACAGAGCCAAACGGUGGCCGAACUGAAACAGGAAAUAUCCCGACUGGAGACCAAGAACUCGGAGAUGCUGGCCGAGGGCGAACUGCGUGCCAAUUUGGAUGAAUCGGAUAAGGUGCGCGACCUGCAGGACAGGCUGGCCGACAUGAAGGCGGAGUUGACGGCGGUGAAGAGUCGCGGCAAAUUUCCGAGCACAAAGCUGCGUAGUGCUUCGAUCCAAUCGAUUGAAUCGACAGAGAUGGACUUCAGCGAACUCAAUAUGAUGCGGCGUGGUAGCACGGAGCUGUCGACAUAACCAAAAAACAAAUCAGCCACACGACAACAUUCACAACAUCAGCCACAAGAAGGGAAGGAAAUAUCAGGGGCAGUACAGGAUACACUUCUCUCCCAGCCAUAUACAUUUACUGCUAUAUGUGUUGAGAGAGAGAGAUAGAGAGAGAGAGGAAGAGAGCGAAGCACAAGCCGAUCUACAAUAUAUAAAACAAUAUUUAUAUAUGCUAUACACAUGCCUGUGAUCACAAAGCAGAAGCGGAAGGAGCAGAAUCGGGCAUCGGGAAGAAGAAAGUGGAGUUAUUGGUUAAGAUUACAGUAUGAUGGAAGAGUGACAUCAAAAGUAGUUGCAAUCAAAACCACACAUAUUAUUUAUGUAUAAUAUUCGUUUAAAUUUUAUAAUGAUAAGAAUUCCCAUAUUAUGAUUAUUUGUAAUAUUUUUUUUUUGUAUUUUAAAUUCUAUUGCUGUUAUGUUUUAUUAUCCCCAAACACAAACACACACUCUCAUAUUUAUUUAUUGAAAAUCCCAAUCAAAACGAUUUAUAUAUAACACUUUUGUACAUUGAUCCCAGAGAAAACGAGAGGGAGUAUCCUCUAGAUAUACUAGCAGAGCAUUUUUAUGUAAUCCCCCCCCAUUCCUAAACAUAAAUUAAAAUGUAAGUUUUAAGCGAAAGUAGAUUGCGUUUUAAGGCAACAUCAAGAUUUUUUAAAAUGUUUACUCAAAUUGUCAUUACAGAAUUCCACAAAUAUCAUUUGUGUGUAUUAUGAUUUCAUCAAUUUAGAACGAACGAUAUUUACGAUAUUUCUAGAGUGAAUUUGUAGUAGGAUCCCCUAUGUAAAUCUAAUAUCUAAAUCUUAAACAAACAAAAAAAACCACAACUAAAAUACAACCAAGUGCGAAAGACACAAAAACAAGCGUUGCCAAAUGCAGAAUCAAAUGCAAGAAGAAAAACAAAACCACAAACUAUUCAAAAUAGUGAAAAAAAAAAACAAAUCACAAACACAGAAAAUGUGAAAGAACCACGGAGAGAGGUGGCGCACAAUCCCAAUUCCCCAAGUCAAGAACUUUCGCACCAACAAUACCCCCAAGAACGAUAUUACGAUAACAAUUACGAUAUAUAAAACUUGCGAUAUUCUUACGAUAUUUAGUUGACAUUCGCGUUAGCCAACAUUAUAGAUAUGGUUCCUUGUUACACUUAAACCGAUGUAAAUCCCAUUUGGCAGCUUGUGCAAUGCAGGAAUCGAGUAAUCGAUGAAAGAUAUUAAUCGGUAGGCGACAAGAGCGAGCAAUCGAAGAGGAGAUUGAUUGGCAGAUGGUUAAUCGAGAAACGGCAAGCAAUCCCUUGAGACCAUUAUUAAUCGAUAAAAACAAUUUAUGAAUAAGUGAAUACUCCAUUCAUCUAUUAUAUGAAAACAACUAGUCGAAGAUGAGACGAUUAGCCGAUUAUUUUGUCAACAUUUGAUUUAAUAAGCAAUGGGACUCGAUAAAACAGCUCUCAAUAAACGAGCAAAGACAACUAGCGAUUACUCGAUAGACUAGCUAUCAAUAAACGAUUACAAACAUAAGCGCGAUAAACCAGCUAUCAAUUAAUGAUUAUUUUACAAUAAUGAAUCGAUCGACAGGCGAUUGCUCGCACACAAAUACUUCAGGUUGAGUGUUAUAUUAUCCAUGUGCAAUAUUUCAGUUCUUUUUGUUUUUCAAUUUUGUUCGAACUAUUUUUAUCAGUGCUUAGGUUUGUUACUUAUACGAGGAAGACGUACAUAGAGGAGAUACACUUAAUUUUGUAUAAUUCCAUUAAGGAUUGCAUUUGCCCUGCAUGACAAACAGACAUACAUACUACGGAUAAGUGAAAUACAAUCGCUAAAUAUUCGCUAGAUGUAUGUGUCGUAAAAAGUGUCACAAAACUUUGUUAUAUGUAAUACUAUAAUCUUUUAAGUACGACUACCAUAUUGUAAUGCUGUAGGCAUGUAGUGUUUUCGUUCCCAACUUUUGCUGAACUAUUAGAAUUUUUUGUUCUUAUAAAAUAUGUAUUAAUUUUGA